AUGUCUGCGAUCAAUAUACCAGCCUCGGUACUGUGGCCGGCUUUGUAUGUCCUGGUCGGCGUGAUCAUAACUAAGACAUGGUUCGAUUGGACCAAUAAGAAAAAUGAACUACCCACAGGUACAGCACCCGAGUUCCAGCACUGGCUCAAGCAUAAAGAUGAAUACGGACCCAUCAGCUCCGUCACCGUCUUAGGCCAGACCAUGGUCUUGAUCCACGAUAGAAAGCUAGCUCACGAACUCCUCGUCGAACGCGCGAACAUACACUCAGGCAGACCUAAGCUGAAAUUUGGCUUCGAAAUGGUUGGGUGGAACAAUACAAUGGCUGGAAAGCAGUGCAACUCUACCUUCAAACUAUAUCGAAAGUAUACGCAUCAGCAGCUAGGCUCAAAGGCAUCCGUGGAGAGGUACAACAAAGUUCAAGAGACUGCUGUUGGGCGCUUUUUGUGGCGUGUCAAACAAGACAACGGAGCAGCUUUGACCCAAUACCUCAAGACCGAAGCCGGAGAGUUGAUUCUCAAAGUCAUCUACGACUAUACCAUCGAGCCUUUCGAGAAGGAUCCCCUGGUGGAUCUGGUUGAUGAAGCCAUGGAGCAGUUCAGCGAAGCUACGAUCCCAGGUCGCUGGAUGGUAGACGUCUUCCCCUUCCUGCAGCACGUACCCAGCUGGAUCCCCGGAGCCGGCUUCCGAAAGACUGCGGCAGCAUGGAAAAAGACUCUGCUAGACGUAGCAGACAUCCCAUAUGUGUUCGCCAAGCAGCAAGGAAAGCACAAGCAAACCAGCCAAGCAGACUUUGUCACAAAAUCCCUUGAACAAGCACAACAGGAAAAGACCUUGGACAUCACCGACGAGCACGCAAUCAAAUGGGCAGCAGCAUCCAUGUACCUAGGCGGCGCUGACACCUCAGUCUCAACCAUGAACGCCUUCUUCCUUGCUAUGAGUAUGUUUCCCCCUGUCCAGCUCAAAGCUCAAGAAGAACUCGAUCGCGUCAUUGGAAACACCCGCCUCCCCACUCACGCCGACCGCGAAAAUUUACCUUACCUCAAUGCCAUAGUGGAAGAAGCACAACGCUGGCACCCUAUUGCACCCAUGGGUCUCCCUCACGUGACCGACGCCGAGGAUACAAUCUCUGGCUAUCGCAUUCCCAAAGAUUCGCUCUUGUUGCCAGCGAUAUGGUGGUUAACUCGCGAUCCAUCCAUCUACCAUUCCCCCGAAGAAUUCAAACCCGAGCGCUUUUUACCCCCUGAUAAUGAACCUGCUGCUACCUCUUUUACCUUUGGCUUUGGUCGCAGGAUAUGUCCUGGUCGUGUUUUGGCUGAUGCAUCGCUAUUCCUUACUUUUGCACAGUCGCUUGCUGUGUUUAAUAUUGAUAAGCAAAUUGACAAGGAAGGAAAGGUUGUGGAGCCAAAGCAUGAGUUUAUAAGUGGUAUUGUUGCGUAUCCGGGUGAAUUUGGGGUUAGAGUCACUCCGAGGAGUCAGAGGCAUGAGGAGUUGAUUGAAGAGGUUGCGAGGAGGUAUCCUUGGCAGGAGAGUGAUGCUAAAUUGCUCACAAAAGCUUGA